CCCGCUCGUGCACAGCCGAGAUGCUGACCGCCCCGGGCGGCCCUCGGAUACCUUUAGGACCCAGGCCAGCCUCCAGACUUCCCAAAAUAGACCCCCGGGCAGAUGCCUGAGCGCGUCAUGGACUCCGGACGAGCAGAACGCCUCGGGGGCGCCCCGGCCACACAGCCGCCAUUCGCGCACGUGGCCCCCUCGCUCUUUCUCGGGAACGCACGCACUGCAGCCGCGUCGGAACUGCUGGCGUGCGCGGGCGUCACCCUGUGCGUUAACGUCUCGCGCCAGCAGCCCGGGCCGCGCGCGCCCGGCGUGGCCGAGCUGCGCGUGCCCGUGUUCGACGACCCAGCCGAGGACCUGCUGGCCCACCUGGAGCCCACCUGCGCCGCCAUGGAGGCCGCAGUGCGCGCCGGCGGCGCCUGCCUCGUCUACUGCAAGAAUGGCCGCAGCCGCUCGGCCGCCGUCUGCACCGCUUACCUCAUGCGGCACCGUGGCCUUAGCCUGGCGCAGGCCUUCCAGACCGUGAAGAGCGCCCGCCCCGUGGCCGAGCCCAACCCUGGCUUCUGGUCUCAGCUCCAGAAGUACGAGGAGGGCCUGCAGUCCAGGUCCCGCCUGACCCCGGAGCCCUCCACACAGUGAGCCCUGAUUGGUCAAUCCAACCCCCAAGCCAGACUGGGAGUUUCCUGGAAUGGUGUAAUCCAAGCUUGUCAAACUCAGGGCUACGGGCCGCAUGCAGCCCACAACUAAUAUUUUUGCAGCCCAGCCAACAUAACAGUAUGUAAGAAACAUUUUAAUAAAUAUUUCGUAACUUAAUUUUUACAAUAUCCUGUUACACAUAAUCCUAUACAAUAAAAGGCUAAUAAGGAAUGACCGGUCGCUAUGAUAUGCACUGACCACCAGGGGGCAGAUGCUCAACACAGGCUCACGGCUGGCGAGAUGGGGGCCUCUCCUGCUUCCACAGUAGUGCUAAGGAUGUCUGACUGCUGGCUUAGGCCCACGCUCCCCACAGAGAGUGGGCCUAAGCCAUCAGUUGGACAUCCCCUGAGGGCUCCUGGACUGUGAGAGGGCACAGGCCGGGCUGAGGGACCGCCCCCUCCCCCGUGCAUGAAUUUCGUGCACCGGGCCUCUAGUUAUUAAUAACAAACUACAACGUUCACUAAUGACUGAUUACUAUAAUUGUGUUGCAUUCAUUUCCCUUAUGCACCUUACGCACAGGCACACCAUUUCUCUCCACUAAUACUAGCAGGGAAUAUUUUAGCAGCUGAUUGCCACGUCAUUAGUCUUAGACUGACUUGUUUGGUAUGUGCAACAGGAAAUAUUUUGCUUUCGGAGAAUAAGAAAAAUAAGUUUAUUUGCAUUACGCUUAUUAAUUUGUGCAGUUAUUCAGUGUCUGGUAAGUUAAUGUUCAAGAAAAAAUAUUAAUUUUUAUUAAAAUGUUCUAUUAUUUUAUGUUAAUGAUUACUCAUUUAUUUCAGCCCUUUGUAUUCAGCAUGUCUCUAUCAAAAUAAAGCUAUGUUUCUAUGAAAAUUGAA